AAACGCAGCCAGAUGUUCUCCGGCUCCAGCAGCAGCACGAAUGGCAACAAUUAGGUGCAGAUCCUUUGUUCUGAUCUGCCAGGCAGCCAGACGCGGCUCGCAGACCCCGGCUCCAAACUUUGACGUGGGGUCCGGAUGCUGCCCGCUGUAAUGAGUCCUCGUCCGGCCGGGAGCCUUGGGCAAACCUGCUUGGAUGUUGUUGGGAAUUUUCUGCCCUGGGCUGUUACCCGAGAGCUCGCUGAAAGCCGAGAAGGUAUGCUGAACCCCGCGGCCCCCCGCGUUCGAUGAAGCCCACCGCUAACGCCUGCGUCUGAGGAGUGCGGAGAAAGCCUUCCGAGGAGGUCGUCAUGGUGGCCGCUGGCAGCAGAAUGCAGACCCGUUGGUUGUUCCUGGUGAUCGGCAUCCUGCAGUGCACCGAAGCUUUCAGCCGUGCGGCAUUACCGUUUGGUUUGGUACGGAGGGAGCUCGCGUGCGAAGGGUACCCCAUUGACCUCAGAUGUCCCGGAAGUGAUGUCAUAAUGAUCGAAAGUGCCAACUACGGGCGCACAGACGACAAGAUCUGUGAUGCUGACCCAUUUCAGAUGGAGAACACGGACUGCCAUCUUCCAGACGCGUACAAGAUCAUGUCGCAGAGAUGCAACAAUCGGACGCAGUGCGUCGUGGUCACCGGCUCCGAGGUCUUUCCCGACCCGUGUCCCGGAACCUACAAGUAUUUGGAGGUCCAGUAUGAGUGCGUCCCAUACAUCUUUGUUUGCCCCGGGGCGCUGAAGGCCGUCGUGGACUCGCCGUAUAUCUUCGAGGCCGAGCAGAAAGCGGGCGCGUGGUGCAAGGACCCCCUGCAGGCGGCCGAUAAGAUCUAUUUCAUGCCGUGGACCCCGUAUCGCACGGACACGCUCAUCGAGUACGCCUCGCUGCAGGACUUCCAGGGCGGCCGGCAGACCACCACCUACAAGCUUCCCAACCGCGUGGACGGCACGGGCUUCGUGGUCUAUGACGGCGCCGUCUUUUUUAACAAGGAACGGACCCGGAACAUCGUAAAGUUUGACUUGAGGACUAGAAUCAAGAGCGGGGAGGCGAUUAUCAACUACGCAAAUUACCACGACACGUCCCCGUACCGAUGGGGAGGAAAAAGCGACAUCGACCUGGCGGUGGACGAGAACGGCUUAUGGGUGAUCUAUGCCACGGAGCAGAAUAACGGGAUGAUUGUGAUCAGCCAGCUCAACCCUUACACCCUGCGCUUCGAGGCCACGUGGGAGACGGCGUACGACAAGCGCGCCGCCUCCAACGCCUUCAUGAUCUGCGGCGUCCUCUACGUGGUGCGCUCCGUGUACCAAGACAACGAGAGCGAGAACGGAAAGAACGCCAUCGACUACGUCUUCAACACCAAGCUGAACCGCGGGGAGCCCGCCGACAUUCCCUUCCCCAACCAGUACCAGUACAUCGCCUCGGCGGACUACAACCCGCGCGACAACCACCUCUACGUGUGGAACAACAACUUCAUCCUGCGCUACGCGCUCGACUUCACGCUCCACGACUUCGCGCAAGUGCCUACGACGGCGCCGCCGGAAACGCGUUCUGCGGAGGAGGCGCAAACCACGUUAUCCACGACCACCGCCGCCACGUCCCAGAGGGCCGUAGUCAGCACGACCGUGGCUGCCGGUACGAAGGAAGGGAGCCGGGGUUCCAAGCCGCCGCCGGUCAUUUCCACCACAAAGACCCCCCCUCUGACGAGCGCGUUCCCCCUGCCCGAGAGGUUCUGCGAAGCCAAGGAGGCGCGGGGCAUCAGCUGGCCCCAGACGCAGAGAGGAAUGAUGGUGGAGCGGCCGUGCCCCAAGGGAACUCGCGGGACGGCUUCUUUCCUCUGCGUGAUCGCCAGCGGGACGUGGAGGGCGAGCGGCCCCGACCUCAGUAACUGCACCUCUCACUGGGUGAACCAGCUGGCCCAGAAGAUCCGGAGCGGGGAGAACGCGGCCAGCCUGGCCAACGAGCUGGCCAAACACACGAAGAGCCAGGUGUUCGCGGGCGACGUGAGCUCCUCCAUCAGGCUCAUGGAGCAGCUGGUGGACAUACUGGACGCCCAGUUACAGGAGCUGAAGCCGAGCGAGAAGGACACGGUCGGACGCAGUUACACCAAGCUUCAAAAGCGAGAGAAGACAUGCAGGGCUUACCUUAAGGCCAUCGUGGACACCGUGGACAAUCUGCUGAGACCGGACGCGCUGCAGUCCUGGAGAGACAUGAAUUCUUCGGAGCGAGCGCACAUCGCCACCAUGUUACUGGAUACUCUGGAAGAAAGUGCCUUCAUCUUGGCGGACAACCUCGUGGACCCGACGCGCGUCUCCAUGCCCACAGAAAACAUUAUCCUAGAGGUGGCCGUGCUGAACACAGAGGGCCAGGUGCAGGAGCUGAAGUUUCCCCAGGGCAGUAAAGGAGGCAAUUUGAUCCAGCUCUCCGCCAACACCGUCAAACAGAACAGCCGGAACGGACACGCAAAGUUUGUGUUUAUUAUGUACAAAAGCCUCGGCCAGUUCCUGAGCACGGAGAACGCGACCAUAAAGCUGGCGCCGGAAUUCGCCGGCCGCAAUAGCACCAUCGCCGUGAACUCGCACGUCAUCGCGGCCUCCAUCAACAAGGAGUCGAGCCGCGUGUACCUGACGGACCCCGUGUACUUCACCCUGGAGCACAUCGACCCCAAUAAUUAUUUUAACGCCAACUGCUCGUUCUGGAAUUACUCGGAGCGGACCAUGAUGGGGUACUGGUCCACCCAAGGCUGCCGGCUGGUGGAAACCAACAGAACGCACACAACCUGCGCCUGCAGCCACCUAACCAACUUCGCCAUCCUGAUGGCGCACCGGGAGAUGGCGUUCAAAGACCCCGUCCACGAGCUGCUCCUGACGGUCAUCACGUGGGUGGGCAUCGUGAUCUCGCUGAUCUGCCUCGCCAUCUGCAUCUUCACGUUUUGCUUUUUCCGCGGCCUUCAGAACGACCGUAACACGAUUCACAAGAACCUCUGCAUCAAUCUGUUCGUUGCCGAGUUCCUCUUCCUCGUCGGCAUCGACAAGACGGAUCACGCGAUCGCGUGUCCCGUCUUUGCGGGUCUUCUGCACUUUUUCUUCAUGGCUGCCUUUGCUUGGAUGUGUCUGGAAGGAGUGCAGCUCUAUCUCAUGCUGGUGGAAGUGUUUGAGAGCGAGUACUCCAGGAGAAAGUAUUACUACGUGGCCGGCUACCUCUUCCCUGCGACCGUCGUCGGCGUCUCUGCGGCCAUCGACUACAAAAGCUACGGCACCGAGAAGGCGUGUUGGCUGAGGAUUGACAACAACUUCAUCUGGAGCUUCCUCGGCCCGGUUGCUUUCAUUAUCCUGCUGAAUAUCGUGUUUCUGGUGAUCACGCUGUGCAAGAUGGUGAAACACUCGAACUCGCUGAAACCGGACUCCAGCCGCCUGGAAAACAUUAAUAAUUACCGUGUGUGCGAUGGCUACUAUAAUACCGACUUACCUGGAUACGAAGAUAAUAAACCUUUCAUCAAGUCGUGGGUGCUCGGCGCGUUCGCCCUCCUCUGCCUGCUCGGCCUGACGUGGUCCUUCGGCCUGCUCUACAUAAACGAGGAGACGGCGGUGAUGACGUAUCUCUUCACCGUGUUCAACGCCUUCCAGGGGAUGUUCAUUUUCAUCUUUCACUGCGCCCUUCAGAAGAAAGUGCGCAAGGAAUACAGCAAAUGCUUCAGACACUCGUACUGCUGCGGCGAUCUUCCGACCGAGAGCCCCCACAGCGCCGUGAAAGCCUCCACCACCAGGACCAGCGCCCGCUACUCCUCCGGCACGCAGAGCCGAAUCCGGAGGAUGUGGAACGACACGGUGAGAAAGCAGUCCGAAUCCUCCUUUAUCUCAGGUGACAUCAACAGCACGUCGACGCUUAAUCAAGGAAUGACCGGCAAUUACCUACUAACCAACCCUCUGCUCCGACCACACGCCACUAACAACCCCUAUAACACGCUACUGGCCGAGACGGUGGUCUGUAACGCCCCCUCCGCUCCCGUCUUUAACUCUCCAGCGACCUACAGAGAGACAAGACAUUCGCUGAACAAUGCCAGGGAUUCCAGUGCAAUGGCUACUCUACCGCUAAAUGGUAACUUCAACAACAGCUACUCUCUGCGCAACGGGGACUACGGCGGCGGCGGCGGCGGGCCGGCGGUGGACUGCGGGCUGAGCCUCAACGACACGGCGUUCGAAAAAAUGAUCAUUUCAGAACUGGUGCACAACAACCUGCGCUGCAGCGGCAAGAGCCACAAUCUGGAGCGCAGCCUGCCGGCCACGGCCGCCGUCGGCGGGAGCAGCAGCGAGGACGACGCCAUCGUGGCGGACGCUUCUUCUCUGAUGCACGGGGACAACCCGGGCCUGGAGCUUCACCACAAAGAGCUGGAGGCCCCGCUCAUCCCGCAGCGGACUCACUCUCUUCUGUAUCACCCGCAGAAAAAAGCGAAGCCCGACGGGACCGACAGCUACGUGUCGCAGCUGACGGCGGAGGCCGAAGACAAUCUCCAGUCCCCGAACAGGGAUUCUCUGUACACCAGUAUGCCCAACCUGCGGGACUCGCCUUACCCAGAGAGUAGCCCCGACGGCAACGACGACGACGACACCGACGACCUGUCUCCCUCGCGUAAGAGCGAAAACGAGGACGUUUACUAUAAAAGCAUGCCAAACCUCGGGGCCGGCCACCACCUGCAGAUGUACUACCAGAUCAGCAGAGGCAACAGCGACGGCUACAUCCUGCCCCUCAACAAGGAGGGCUGCGUCCCCGAGGGCGACGUCAGGGAAGGACAGAUGCAGCUGGUCACGAGCCUUUAAUAGACAUUUUUUUUUUGUUUGUUUUUUUUAAGGAAGGCAGACGCUCGCGGGUCUCAGAGACGUUUUCAGCGGAGGCCGUGCUUUCCCGCCAUGGCCCGCCGCGACCCGCCGUGACUCGCCGCGACCUGCCGCUCUCCGUCCGCCGGAGAUUAAUGGACUUUCUCAGUUCUGUGAAUUUUUUUUUUUUUU